AUGCCCGACUUUGGCGGCGGCGCGCUUGACACCCCGCGAACAAACGUUGGGGAUGCGACAUACCUAGGACAACCUGACUUUGGCGACAUCACACAAGAAGCAUCAUUUCAGUCACCGCCAAAAGAUGGCAACUUUCUACAACAACUUCGCAAUGGCCGCUCCAAUGGCAUCAACCUUCGCACCCCGCGCCAAAGAGGACCCUUGGCCGACCGACGAAAUCUUCCUCCUAGUGUAGGAGGCGCCGAAUUCACUCCCUUACUCAAAUCUGCGACCAGAAACAGUGUGCGACGGUUCGGAAAAGAGAACGGCACUGCGGUACCGAAUACGCCCGCGUUAGACAAGAUCGAUGAGGGUGACUUCACGCCCGUCCCCCGCGGCGACACGUCCAUAUACCAGGGGUCGCGUAAUCAGUCUUAUAUGGAGAACACUAUACCCGAGGUUGAUACAAGCAGUGCUGCCUCGACCCCGUUGGCUGUUCCCAGGAGGAGGGGCGGCGAUAAGGGACCCCUCCAAGAUGGUAAUCAGCUUUCGCUAAGGGAGCAGGAGAACGUGAUCGAUAGGAUUGAGAAGGAAAACUUCGGUCUGAAGCUCAAGAUUCAUUUCCUUGAAGAGGCGCUCCGAAAAGCAGGGCCAGGUUUUAGCGAAGCCGCCUUGAAAGAGAAUACCGAACUCAAAGUCGACAAAGUCACAAUGCAAAGAGAGCUUCAUAAAUACAAGAAGCACUUGACAACGGCCGAGAAGGACUUGGAGAGCUAUCGACAGCAGAUGCUCGAGGUGCAGGAAAAGGCCAAGCGAAAGUACGCCAACCAGGGCAACCAAGCCGAAAUGGACAAGCUACAGCGCCUAUUAGAGGAUCGCGAGGCAGACAUCGAAGACCUUCAGCAACAACUAAGUCAACAGAAGGGAAGCAACGACCAGGUCGAGAAACUGCAAGACGAUAUCGGCGACCUCGAAGCAGAUAUCCAGGAGAAGGAUCGACAACUUACCGAGCGCGAAGACGAAAUAGAAGAUUUGAAAGACCAGAUGGAGGCUCUCAAAGAACAGACAACAGAAGCGGAAGAAAAGACAAAGGACGCCCAGCGCAAAAUGCUGGCGCUGGAGGAGAAGGCUCAGCAUAACGACGAGCUUGACGAUGCCAAGGACAAAAUCCAGGAUCUCGAACAAAAUAUUCGCCGCCUAGAAGAGCAGGUGAGGGAGGCGAAGGUCAAGAUGGAGGAAGCUAUGGCUGAAAAAGAUCGAGCCGAAAACGACCUCGAAGAGCUUCAAGAAGACAUGGCCAACAAGUCGCAUGUUACAAAAGGGCUUUCUCGUCAAAUUGAGGAGAAGGUCGCGCGUUUGCAGGAGGAGCUUGACCAAGCUGGCGAAGACUAUGCGACUCUGGAGAAAGAGCACCACGAGGUGACUCAGGAGAACAACUCCCUGCAGUCCACUGUCAAGGAGCUCAGGAGGAGUCAAGAGAAGUUUGAUCGUGAGGGAAAUUCUUUGUCGACAAGAGUUCAACAGCUCGAAGCUGAACUCAACGCCCGAAACGAUGAGAAGAACGUACUUCAAUCUCGAUAUGACAAUAUUGCUUCCGAAUCCCAAUCCCUACAACGAGAGGUCGAGAAGUUAGAGAAGGAAUGCCAAGAACUUGAGGAAGGCCUCGCAGAGGAAAGGGAACAUGCGCUCGAGAUUGAAAAGGAUAUCCGUGGCCAAUACAAGGCCGAGAUUGAUCGCCUGAACGACGAGAUCUCAGAUCUUCAGGCCGAAAUCCGGGAGAAGGAUAACCUAUAUGAUAACGACAGCGAAAAGUGGGAAACGGAGAAGCAGAAUCUCGAAGCAGAGCGCAACCGUGCUGAAGAGAAGGCAGCGGGUCUGCAAAGAACCAUCGACCGUCUCAAGGAAGCUGAAGGAACUCUCUCAGACAAGGAGUCAAGACUACAAGUAGCCAUCCAGAGCGAAGCGGAACGACACAGGAGUGAGGAGGGACUUCUCGCACGACAAAUCGAAGAUCUCCAAGAUGCACUCGAGACUCGGCAGACUCUCCUUACGAAUUUACGCAACGAGCUUUCCACAGUUCGCGAUGAGUUACGACAGACGCAGAUUGAGUAUCAGGCUCAAACUCGAAAGGUAGCUGCCUUGGAAGAUGAAGUCGACGUUCUGCAGACAACAUUGGAUGAAGAGCAAAACGCUGGACGCUAUGAAGCGGAGGCUGCUAAGCGAGAAUGCGAAGAUCUGAGAGAACAGCUCAAGUCUUUGAGACAACGCACCAAUUCAUCCCAAGCUUCCUCCACCCAAGUGUUGAAUAAGGAGAUUGAUGAAUUGAGGGAACAGUUGAGAGAGGCGCGCAAAAGAGCGGAUCUGCUCGAGGGUGCCAGUCUCGAGGUGGACGACUUGAAAGAGCAGCUCAGGACACUGCGUCAACGAGCCGGUUCAUCGGAAGCUGCCAGUCAGGAGAUUGAUGACCUCAAGGAACAGCUGAGAACGAUGCGCCAGAAGGCAGGAUCGUCUGGGGCCGCUUCUUACGAACUCGAGGAUCUGAAGGAAGAGCUCAAGACUUGGCGACAACGAGCCGAAUCAGCUCAAGCCUCCAUCUCUACCUCGGAACAAGAGGCCAAACAGUCCACAGAAUCUAUGACACGGAUGAAGUGGCAACUAGCAGAUGCAAACUCUCAACUGGACAAGGUCUCCAAGGAGAAACAAUCUCUUCAGGAUCAAAUGGCCAAGAUAAAUGCUGAGCUUCAUUCUGUGAGCACCUCUCUGGCUGAAGUCAAAGCGGAGCGAGACGAGCUUGAUGGUGAGCUCCGCCGAACAAAGCUCUACGAUAACGAGACUCUCCGUGUUGACCAGGAGAGACUCGACCUCCGUACGGCCAAGCUCAAGCUCGACAAUGAGGUGCGCCGCCUGAAGGAUGAGAACAAGGCUCUCAUUGAGCAACGAGAUGUGAUUGAGAAGAAUCUGGAGGAAGAAAUUGAGAAGGCUGCUGAGGAGGAAGAGCGCCUAGGUCAAGAAAUCCUCCAAUUGCAGACUAAGCUGCGAACAUCAUCAUCGACAGAUAAUCACGAUCUCGCUGCCGCUCGUCGCACUAUUCGCGAACUUGAACGCCGCGUUGAGGAUUACGAAGCUCAGCUCAACAACACCCGUCAGCUACCAAACAACUUCGAGGGUAACAGCGAGUUGUCUUUGAUUCGUAAGGAUCUCUCCACAGCACGUCAAAAGGAGCUGGAAUUCCUUCAAAAGGAGUCCGCACAUCGCGACGUGGUCAAGGGUCUCAAGCGACAGAUUACCGACCUUGAGCGCCAGGUUCACGAAACCGAGGUUUCUCGUUUGAUUGCGUCUCCCAAAUCUUCCACAAGUGAGUCAGGUCGCAAGAGCGAAGUUACUGAACUCCGGAGCCAACUUUCCGCAGCGCAAAAGUCAAUUCACGACCUUAAAUCCAAGAACCGGGAAGCCGAGCGCAAAGCGAUGCAGGUCUCGCAAGACUUCCAACGUCAGCUCGACGACCUUGAGGACCAGAAGAUAGUACUUGAAGAGGUCCUUGAGGAAGCCAGACAGCAGGCCGAGGAGACGGCAGCCCAGCAUGAACGCGCACUUCGCCGUAUGAAGCACCAGCUUGACAAGUCAGAACGUGAGCGCAAUGCUCUGGCAACAGCACAACCUGACAGUAGCAAGCAUGACCGGCAGCUCAGGAAGAACCAGGCCGAGAUGGAGAACCUUGAGCAUGAUGUUCUUCAGCAACAAGAACUCAUCGAAGGUCUUGCCGCUUCCGAAGCUUCUCUCCGUCGUAAGCUUGAGAGGGCUCGCAGCGAAAGGGCAGCGUUCCGCAUGAGCGCUGAGAAGUUGCAAAAGGAUCUUGAGCGUGUUAAGGCCGCAGCAGUCGCCGCUAGAACUGGUGCUCCAGGCCGACGAAGCGCAGUUGAUCGCAAAGCUCUUGAUGUCACUAUCGAAGGAGCUGAUCAAGCUCUUGAGACUGUUAUUCGUGCAGCAGAGAGCGCCGACGAGCGUCACAAAAAGGAGUUGCGGGGCAUGUUGAUGCAGAUGGAGUGGAUGCAGGCCCGGUUCCAGCGCGAGGCUUCUCUUCGAGCUGAUGCCGCGUAUGCAAAGAAAUUUCUCCAGCUGCAGCUCGAUGUCGCCAAUGCAUGCAAUAAGGCUCAACUCCGCGAGCUCGAGGAUAUCCGCACAAACCUCCUUGGCAACAAGAAGGCUCUCACCCUGCCCAGCCACGCGACAGCUGCCAACUCAUCUACCACAAAACCCACUCUCAAGACUUUCCUUGUCAUGGCGCGCUUCAUUGCCCGUGCUCGCUUGUCGGCUAACAACUGGGCUAAACAAGAGGUUGUUCGUCGCAAGCUUGUGAAUGCAACCGAAGAGCAGCGCAAGGUGAAGCGAUCGAGACAACUUAAGGUGGUCAGGGCUGAAGCCUAA